AUGUGUGGGGAGAGUCAGGCUGGGCACAACAUCAGCCCCGUCACCAAGCAGAAGGCGAAAAUGAUACAGGAUAAAAGAUUGCGGACCGAUGAGAGUCUACACUCAAGGGUUUUCCAGAAGCAAGAUGCUGCCAGAGAUGCUAUUCACGGCGGGGCCGCACAAGGGCCAGUAAAGACAGUGGUUCCUGCUGGACAGACCCUUUACAAACACAAAGAAUGUGAGAAAGCAUUCAACAAGAAUUACCCCCUCCUUGUUCGACGUCAGCAGAUUCACACUGGAGGGAAGCCUUAGGAAUGUCAUCGUGAAAAAGUAGAUUUUGCUCGACACAUGAGGAUUCACACUGGGGAGAAGCCCUGUAAGUGCAUAGAGCGUGGGAAGGUCUUUAACUGGAGGUCACACGUCAUGCACCACCCCCAUAUCCACACCGGCAAGAAGCCCUAUAAGUGCAGUGAAUGCAGAAAGACCGUCAACUAUCACUCUGUUUUCAUCCAGCCUAACAUGACCCACUAUGGCAAAAAACCCUUCGGAUGCGAAGAGUGUGGGAAAGCCUUUCACUGCAACUUUCCCUUAACGCAGCACAAGGGGAUUCACACUAGAGACAAGCCCCACACGUGCAGGGAUUAGGCAAAGACCUUCCCUUCUGAUUUUAUUUGACCCCGUGAGACCCUCACAGCACAAAAGCCCCAUGUGUGUAAAGAACGUGGGGAAGGUUUUCCCUACAGCUUCUCCCUCACUUCACACAGCAGGAGUCACACUGGAGAGAAGCCCUAUGAGGGCAGUGAGUGUGGAAAGGCCUUUGUCUAA